CACGGGUUGGAUGACACUACUGGGUGGUCCCUGCCGCCGCGCGGGUCCACGUGCAGCCGCUGUAGGGAGAGGAGCGGAUGGGCGCGUAGCCGUCGUCCACACGCUGUCAUUCGUCUCCAUCGUUCCUAUGCGUCAGCAGUUCCAGGCAUGGCCGAAACAGCGCCACGCUCUGUGCGGUACGACGGUGAGUACUUUCAUCACUUUAAUAUUUCCUCUCCCUGGCUCCUGGCCAUCUUAUUUAGCCCUGCACUGAGAGUUUGUCGACUUCGUCUUCCUCGCUGCUCAUCACUUCGGUUUUGCCACCCACCGUCGCCAUGGGAGCAUUUGGUGUGCUGCUGUUGCCCGCCACGACCUACGCAUUGUGAGCGGCUUCGUAAACCCAGUGCUCUCGGUGCUUGCUGUCUGGGUGACUUUUGGCGCAGUGUGGACGAGACCACUCACCAGUUUGCCCUUCCGAUCAGCGUGAAUUGGGUGCUUGCGUGCUUGCUGUUUGGGGGAAUUUUAUCACAGCUUGGAGGAGACCCCUCGCCAUUUUGCGUUUCCAAUUGUCGAUGGACUGUGCUUUUCUGGAGGCUCACCCUGUAAGUGGUACAUUAAUCCUGAUGUUCCUGAAGAAGGUGCCCUCAUGGCUAGUGCGAUGAAAGCACAUAGUCCCAUUAAGUGGAACGAAGUUCUAUCUUCGAAUCAGCCUAUGUCCCAUGUUCCUAAGGAACAGAAAAUCGCUUAUAUCAGAGAUCUGCACCCAUUUGAGAAUAAGGAUAGGGAAUUCUUGGUGACAGUCACUGUAAAAAAGAUUGGUGAUAGGUGGUGGUACAAUGCAUGCAAAAAAUGCACCCGCACAGCUGUGGCUCAUGGGGAUUCCUACAAGUGCAGCGAUCAAGUUUGCGCUAACAUUGGCACGCCUAGCCAGAGGUACAAACUGCUUCUCGCUGCAGGGGAUGAGACGGGUGACAUAGACUUCAUCCUCUUUGGUCGGAUGGCGCAACGCAUCAUCAAGAAGCCGUGCGAUAUGCUCAUUGUCAACAAUCCGAUCGACUUUAUUCCUGAUCCAAUCACAGAUCUGCUCGAGAAGACGUAUAUAUGGAAUGUGAGUUUCUCUGACCACACAAUCAAUACUGGAAAUAUUUGUUUCCAGGUCAACGCAGUCGUGGCAGAGAUAGGUACUGCAAAGGACUUCAUCCAAGCAUCUUCAUCAAGGCCAAAACAGUCACAACCUGUGUUGUUGCAAGACGCACCCAGUGGCGUUGAAGACACUCCUAACAAAGCCUCUAACUUGGUCAUGCCUUCGACCCCGCUCACACCACAAAGUUCCGCAACCAGUGUGCAAGAUAAGACUUUUUGUGUUGGCAGCAGCACUAUGGUUCCAGGUGCUAUUCCCGCUAUAACAAAGGAACUGACAUCCACGCCUAGGAAGAGGACAAGGUCUUCGCCAUCAAAGACAGUUACAAAGAGGUUGUUCACCGACAUAGAUGGAGGAAUCACUGGCUCUAAGGAUGUCGCGGAUAGCGCUGCUGCCCCUAGCCCUACCAAAGAUGCUUAGUCACAGAGGGGCACAGGUCUUUUGGGCUCACAGUUGCAGCUGUUCGCUCUUUUGGAUGAUCGUUGUCUACUGCUUUUGUAUCCAAGCUGCUAUGUACAUAUGCUUUCGGAAGGAUAUAUGAUACACGUUCAUGUCCACACGCUCGAUACAGGUUGGCCCAGAGCAGACUUAACAAGGUUACUACUAGAUCAGUGUUCGCCAUCGAUGCUAUGCAUAGGCCACGCUGGAUUUCUAUGCUUGUUGACGUGAACGUGCUUCGCUCCCUUCAUGUUUAAGCCUAAGCAGCUUGAUGUGCUUGUGCCAAAGACUUUUUAAGAACUACACAACAAACCAACACUUACAACACGCUUUUGUGUACAAUGAUCAUCUGCUUGUUGCACCGUACAUGUAUAGUCUAUGGAGCUGCAAACUGUUAGAGUUAUGUAUUGUUGUACUGAUCACCGUUUCGUAACUGCAUGUACACUGUCUUUUAGAGACAGUUGUGGAACCUGCGUUCGCGCCAUAUGUAUUAUAUUAUCGUAUUGUAUCCUUCAAUAUGUUUGUGUUCCUACAAUGUCCAGGUCCCUGUCAUACUUGGAGACACAGAUGACUACAUGUUUGAUGAGAUGAUUGAUCCUUACAUGA